AGCAUUUGCACCAGGCUAGUGUUUGAUUCACAGCAUGAGCAAGAGAUGAGCGGAGCUUUGUGUGGAAAGUUCGUAAACAUUUGGGAAAAUUAGAUGAUGUCUAAACUAUAUAGCUAGCUAGCUAAGUUUGUUUUUUUCAAGUUGCAAUGAUCAAAAACACUUCAGUUUUGUUUUUAUUGCUUUUUGCAUUGAUACGUUAUGGGACUACAUUUAGUGGUGAAAAUAGCGUGGCUAUCACACUGAAGAAUAAAACUAUUUUAGUCAAAACUUUACAAAGCUGGAAGUUUCCUGAUGUGGAAUUAUUUUUUGGAGUUAAAGGGAAAGAUGUAAUAAAGUUAGGAAUAAGAAAUUCAAAACUUGCAGAGUUUUCAAAAAAGGAAUUAAAGAAGCUUCCUAAUCUUGAAUCAUUGGUGGUGACUUUUAACAAACAUUUAAAGAAGAUCAACUCAAGAGUUUUUCAAUGGAACCCACGGUUAAUUUACUUAAACUUUGAACGAAAUAAUCUCGACUACAUUGCACCUGAUGCUUUUCACGGAUUGUUCCAACGGAAAGGUUUUAAUGGAGAUUUGCUUUUAAUGCACAACAACUUACGCCAUCUUCCAUUAUUUCAAGAUGAUGUUCCUGAUUUAAAAAUACUAAGCAUCAGUGAUAAUCCAAUCGAAAGUAUUCGAGAAGACGCAUUUAGAAAUAUGACGAAUCUGCAAACACUGCACAUGAAGAAUACAAAGUUGAAAAACCUACCUGGAUAUUUAUUUCAAACAUUACCUUACUUGCACGAAUUACGGCUAAGUGGUAAUAAAGACCUUCACUGGCUCGAUCCGAAUGUAUUCGUUGGAGCAAGCGGUAUGAAGAAAUUAUACUUAGACGGCACUGCAAUCGAUUUCUUACCUUCAGCUGGUUUAAAUGCGUUAACAACGUUAGAGUUAAAAAACACUAAGAAUUUAUGGGCCAUACCAAAUGGAAUUGUGGCAAUCGCUACUUUAAAGACAGUUCAUGUUUCAGCGAAUCAAAGAUUUUUGUGCUGCGCUUUCGAAAUGAAAAGAGCGCUAGUUGGCACGUUUGUCAAUCAUGGUGGCUCUACCAUUAAACCGUCGAAAAAUUUAUGUCCGCAAGUAACCCCGACGACGUCAAUUUUUACGACGACGGCGACGUCUAAAAAUAGCGACACUACGAAAAAAACUUCCACAGGCAUUACGCAAAAGGUUUCCACCACGGAAGAUCCAUUUAAUGGGUUUGGGAAGAGAAGAAAACGAAGAUUUGAUUUCGGUGGUUUUAUAUCAGGCACGAAAACACCGUCAAAUUUAACGACAAAAAAACGGAUUAAAGAAACGGAUGAUUUCUUUAAAGGCGAUGGUGGUUUUAUCACGAAAAUUGUCACGUACUCUGAAGGAUCGAUUAUUUGUAAUCCGAACAAUACAGGACGCAUUCAUUACAAUAAACUAUCCCCGGUGAAAUGCACACCGGAACCAGAUGCACUCCGCCCUUGUGACGAUAUCAUGGGUAACGUGUUUUUGACCGCUAUCUCCUGGUUAGUGUCAGUUGUAGCUUUACUUGGAAACUCGAUGGUUUUUAGUGUACUCAUCUUGAGCAGGCGUACAUUAACUGUUACAAAAUUUCUUCUUAUUAAUUUAUCUUUUGCCGACUUAUGUUUAGCAUUGUACCUUUUUAUUUUGGUGUCAGCGUCUGGCCACACCCACGGAGAUUAUUAUAAUUAUGUCAAACGUUGGCAGUACGGUGGAGGGUGUGGAGUGUCUGGAUUUUUAGCCAUAUUUUCAAGUCAGUUAUCUAUGUUAGUAUUGGUCGUUACUACAAUCGAAAGAUAUUUUGCGAUUGUUUACGCGAUGCAUUUCCAUCGCAGAUUAUCGAUGAAACACGCUAAAAUCUGCAUGUUAGUUUGCUGGUCUCUUGCCAUGUUAAUGGCGAUUUUACCUUUAGUAGGUGUGAACAGUUACGAUGAAGUUGCAAUUUGUUUGCCCUUUAAAACAUCAGGGAAUGGUGAUUUAGCCUACGCUGGGAUACUGUUGUUGAUGAAUGUGAUAUUCUUUAUCUUCGUGUUGGCGGCGUACAUUCGUAUGUAUUGUGUUGUUCGAAGUCCUCAUCUUGAAGGUGGUCCACAACGAAACGAUUCUGAAGUAGCGAAAAGAAUGGCCUUACUGGUGUUUACCGAUUUUUUCUGCUGGGGACCAAUCGCAUUUGUUGGCUUGAUGUCAGUUUUCGGAAGUCAUGAUCUGUUAAAUAUGGAUGUGAAGAAAUCAAAAUAUCUCCUCGUUAUCUUUUUUCCGAUCAAUGCUUUGUGCAAUCCUUUCUUGUAUGCUGUUUCAACGAAUUCAUUUAAAAGGGAUUUUUUUGAUUUGUUAAUCCGGUGCGGUUUAUGCCAGGAUAGUAUUUCAAAAGUGAACGAAGGUGUGUAUACGAACAGCGUCAGUCAGAAAAACAGCCGGCAUGUGUCGGAAUCCAUGUCGUUGACGUACAACAGUCAAGUUAGUCGUGGAAGUGUCGGAAAGAAAAAUCAAAGUCUACAUUCUAACCUACUCAUUAGCAGGCAUAACAGAAGUUCCAAUAGUCCUCUCGUAUCAGCUUCGGCCACUCCAAAUGACGAAUUUCGAAGUAUGUUAGACCAGGAUGAUGUUUUUUACUCACAACAGCAACCGUCAGCACAACACGACGACGUACCGGUCAUGGAGACAAAUUUUUCAAACAACGUUAUAAAUGACGAUAUUUCCAGUAGUAACCGAAGCCGUCCACUAACAGCUUAUGACACAGUGGAUGAAAAGCGUCCCCCCACUUUGAAAGAUCGUUCAGUUAGUGCGGAUAGUGAUACGCGUGAAAACCAAGCUCUCCUUGACAACCAUACACCUGGUUUUUCGCAAUAUGAUUUGUCCGAGGAGGCGUUCACCCGUGCAAAGGAGACGAACGUACUAUUGUGAUUUAACUCUUGUUUUUUGUGGUUUUGUAUUAUUGUUGCUAUUUUUUGUUUGUUUGAUAUUUUCAUUCAUCAUACUUUUAUAUAUUGUAGCCAAGAUAGACAAUGUUUCUUGUCUGUUAUACUAUAAAUCAUCUCAACAAAGGCGUUGAAAUUGUGUUUAUUCUGUUGUUGAUGUUGUGUUUUUUCUGUUGUUGUUUUUGUUGUUGUUGUUGUUGUCAUUGCUGUUGUUGGCACUAAUUGUAGAUGUUGAUUUUGUUGGUGUUGUUGUUGUUAUUGUUGUUGUUGUUUUUGUUGUUGUUGUUUUUGUUAUUGUUGUUGUUGUUGUUGUUAUCUUUUUCGAUUGUUUUUCUGCUUUGUUGUAUCAAAGUUUUAUUUAUGAAGAAUACUUUUUAUUUUAUCAAAGAAAGUAAAAAUUCGCAAAUAUUUUUAACGAAUAACAUAUUUAAUAAUUAUUACAAUUAUUAAGUGCGAUUUUGUGGUCUAUAUUUAGUCUUCCGCAGACCGCUUUUUAGAUUUUCUUAAAAGUAAGCAAGUGCACUCCGAGGUGUAAAUUAACAAAAGUUCCUUUAUCGAAACGCAAAAUAUCUGCAGAACUUGUUACUUCUGCGAUUUUCCCUUCUCAUUUUUAAAAUACUAUUUUCAGAAUGGUUUAAAGCCGUAAGGAGGUUUCUUUUUUAGAAAUUUUUAACUUGUAUUUUUGUUUAUAUCAUAUUAUUUUAUAUUAUGUUUGUUUUCAUUUACAUAUUUAUCUUGUAGCAUGCCAUGUGCUUUUAAAUAACUGUCCCAUGUAAUCUGGUUCCACAUUAUGUAUAUCAGAGAUUUUAUAGAUUAUACGUAUGAGAGAUUUAAGAAUUUUUUGAAUGAAUGUAUAGACAAUUAGUUAAAAUAUAUUAGUUACGAA